AUGAGAAUAUUACUGUUCGGAGAUGAAAACUUUAGCUUCUGUAACGGAUUUUUGUUGGAGCAUGAAAACGACAUAGUAGAAGUUUGUAGUUGUUUGAAAGAAAAUGAGUUAAAACAGGAAAGUAAAAACAAUAUACAAUCAUUAUAUAAGAAUGUAGUAAUUCAUUAUGGUAUUAAUCCUGUUCAACUAAAAUCGAAAUUUCCUCCAAAUACAUUUGAUGAACUGUAUUAUAUUUUACCUGGAUUGUCAUUUCACGGAUAUCCAGAUUUUAUUGAUCCACAAACAGAAAUGUUUAAGUUACGUUUACAUUUAUUUUGUUUUAGUUUUUUAAAAAGUAGUAAAAAUAUAAUAAAGCCGGAUGGUUACGUCUAUUUACUAUUCCCGGAGGAUAAUUCUAGUAGUGAUGAUAAUAAUAAUAGCGGAAGUAGCAUCAAUAAUAAUAAUAAUAGUAACAAUAAUAGUAACAAUAAUAGCAGUGUUAACAAUAACGCUGCUGCUAAUAAUAAUGAUAACAAUAGUAGUAAUAAAAAUGCUUUAUCAGCACACGGUAGCACAGAUGUGCAUAACAAGAAAUCGAAACUACCCUUUUUAUCCAUAGAACCGAAAAAAUUAGCUAAAUUUUGUAAUGUGUAUAGAGAUAAUAGCAAGGAUUAUAAACUAAAUUUUUCUGCAUACUCUAAUUGGCUGCCUGUUCUAUUUAACAUGCCAAUUGUAAAUGAAUUUCCCGAGUGGAUUAAGACGUGUAAAUAUUACUGCUUUAAGAUGACAGAGCUAGCCAAUAAUAACAGUAACAUGAGUAGUAAUAAUAAGAAUAAAAGUAAUAAAGUAAGUAACACAUCUGAGGAUACUACCAAUAUUGAUACUGACCAAAAUGGUAGUAAUAUCAUGAACAAGAAAAACGAUGAAAGUAAUAAUCAAUUGAAUAGUUCCGUUUGCGGAAAUCAGGAAGAGAAACGACAAGAUGAUGACAAUGAAAAUGCUAGUGGAAAUGUAAACGUUAAGGAUGGUGCAAACGAGAGAAAUAAAGAUAAUAACAACGAAAGUAAUAAAGACAGUAAAAAGGACAGCAAUAAAGAUAACAAUAGUGAUAGCAACACGAACAAUAAUAAGGACAACAAUAUAGAUAACAAUAAGGACAGAAAUGAUCAGAACAGUGGGGAGAAUGACGAAUCAAGGGAAAAAGUAGAAGAUCCAGAUGAAUAUAACGUUUUGAAAAUUCCUCCGCAAGUAUUUGAUUAUCCAAUCGAAAAGUUGGGUCAUGUAAAUGAAUGCUUUUUGUUUAAAUUAUAUUCAGUUAAUAGUAAAAGUAUUUUAAUUUCUCGACUUACACUUAAAUAUGAUCCAAGAAUAUCUGGAUGGAAAGGGGAUAACAAAAUGAAAAAAGAUAUGAUGAAUAAUAUGUCUAUGAAUAUGAACAAUAUGAAUAUGAACAAUAUGAAUAUGAAUAAUAUGAACAUGAAUAAUAUGAACAUGAAUAAUAUGAACAUGAAUAAUAUGAACAUGAUGAAAAAUAUGAACAAUGUAAUGAAUGUUAUUAAAUAUAAAGGAGGGAAAUAUAAAAACAAACCAUCGAAAAAUGAUUUCCAACAACAAUAUAAAAAUAAUCUUAUGCAAAAUAAUAUGAAUUAUGGAUUAAAUAAAAAAGGAAAUAUGAACCUACCUCCACCUCCUCCUACAAAUUUAACCAUGCAACCAAAUAAUGUUAAUAUACCUAAUCAAAAUAUGAAUUAUAAACAAGGAAAUUUUCCAUUUGUUAAUAAUUUUAAGGGUAUUCCUAAUAACUUAUCACAGAAUGUUCAAAACAGCAUGCCUACUAUUCCUAUUAAUGUUAAUCCAAAUCUUUCUACUAAUAUGAUGAACCCUUAUAUUAAUGGAGCCUAUAACAACAACAUGAGGAAUAACAUGUACCAACAGAGCAUUCCUGUGCCACCCCCAAUGAACAACUAUAACAAAAAAAUUUAUCAAGGACAUAAUAUGAAUAUAAAAAGAAAAAAUGAUUUGUAUAAUUGUGAAAACAUGGAAAGAAGUUACGACAAUUACAACAUGAAGGAUAAUUACAAAGCGGAUGAUGAUAAUAAUAUAAAUACCGUUAAUAUAUACAAUGAUGAUUACGAGUUUGAUCAUUGUGAUUACAACUCGAGAAAUGUAAAGAAUAUUCAUAGCAAAAAUGCUGAAGAUCCUGACUAUUACUUCUUGAAACAAAGAUUGAGAGAAUCGAACCACUAUGGUACUUAUUAG